UUGGCUGCUGCCCCGAUGCGCUGCUCCCGAAGCUCGGACCCAGUAGUCGCCAGAGCAGUUGAUGCACCCGGGCGGCUCGCAUCGCCGCUGCCCACACCCCUCGCGGACCCCAUUGGCCGCAUGGAGUCUCCGGAGAGCGCUGGUCGGGGAGAGAUUGUUAAAGAAGUCAAGGUGCCACAGGCUGCCCUGAGUGUUCCAGCUCAUGAGACGGGGGACACUUGCCACACACCUGUGACAGAGGGGGAAGAGGUUGGCAUCCCAAUACCAGCCCCAGGGUUCCUGCAGGUCACGGAGAGGAGGCAGCCUCUGAGCAGCGUCUCCUCUCUGGAGGUCCACUUCGAUCUCCUGGACCUCACUGAGCUGACCGACAUGUCUGACCAGGAGCUGGCCGAGGUCUUUGCGGACUCUGAUGACGAGAACCUUGCCACUGAAUCCCCAGCAGGUCUGCACCCACUAUCUAGAGCUGGCUGCCUACGCUCCCCCUCCUGGACAAAAACAAGGGCGGAGCAGAACCGUGAGAAACAGCCCCCCAGUGACCCAGAACGACAAGGUACAGCUGUGGACACGUUCCUCGCCGUGGAGGGGCCCAAGGAAGAUUAGCACAACUCCAUCUCUUCCAGAGCUGCUGAAGGGCUGGGCCA